AUGGAAGAGCUGGAUCUAAGGCCACAGGGAUUAGAAGCUUUGUACACAAAAUGGAACCCAGUUCAAACGAUUCAUAGCCUAGUGGAAGACACUGCUUUUCAAAUCUCGGACAAGGCCACAGCCAUAACCCUCCACGAUAACCUUAUUCGUUUGAAAAACUGGGCAAGCGAGAUCUUCGUUGAAGGUCUAUCCGAUUUCGAGGCCAGUAACCAGGAGUUGGUGCGAGUUUUGUGUGAGCAUGUUGAGACAAUCGGAAGGAGCCUUAUAGACAUCAAGGACGCUAUUUCCAAGAGGGAUACAACUGUAAUUGAUGACCGCUUAAAGAGUCUAGAUGCCACCAUAGAGGAGCUGCUGGAAGACUCAGAUCCAACUAUUGUAGCUAUCGAGAUCGCCCAGAAACAGGGUACUUCAGGUAGACUGAUCCAGAGCAUUCAGAGACGAACGUUAGGACAGGGUGUACGCCCCCGCUCGGACCACGAUGAACGAAUGAGCGGUGAUUCACAAACACGUACGAUGACUGUGCGUCGAAGGAUGAGGCAGCCUCAGAAAGAACUCGCCGACGAACUUACAAUGGGGAUGCGAAGAAGCGAGUUCGAUAAAACACCAUUUAGUUUCCUCCCCAAAAGCGAACUCGAUCGUCUCAUUACCGUAGAGUCUGCAAUGCGGGCCAUGUCCAUCAAAGUUCCUACUCUCGACGACGAAAAGCUCCUGCAUUACAUCGUAACAGACGCAAAGGCGAUAUUCGCUACAGCUGUGUAUAUCAAGUUGAAACCUGAUAAGUUGCACGAAGCAAUGACUUUGUUCCGCCAGUACAGCCCCCGCUUUCGCGACGACGCUCUCCCAAUAAAAGAGAAGAGCGGAGCAGAUCUACUGAAGGAGGCGGAUGACUGUUUCGAAAGGCUAGCCAAGGGCUUGACAGAUAUGGAGUAUCAAGAGAAGGAGGAGGAACUUUUACGGAAAGCCAUCACCGGUGUACAGCACAUCCUGAGAACUAUCGAAGGUCCCGUGCAAAGCGAUGAUGAUCGCAUAUGGACAGACGGUAGGAUCAUCGAAUUCCAGGAAGACCAGAAGCAUUUUUGCGCUCCCAUCAUUCAAGAUACUGAGAUCAGUCACGACCUAUUUGGCGUUGCGAUUCCAUUUGUAGAGAAAUAUGCGACACGCGGCGCAGGAUCUUACGGCGUGGUAUCAAAGUAUAGGAUACAUCACGACCACAUUGUAUCUUCAAGACCUUCGGAUGGUGCAUCUUACGAGGUCGUUGCGGUGAAAGAGCUCAAGCCGGAUACCCACAAAGACGCCCAAGAAUUAUCCAGACAUUGGGCAUCCGAGGUCCGAGCGAUGGCUAUGAUGAAUACACUUGACCACAAGGGUCACAUAGUCCACUUCGUCACCGCCUUCCGCAGGGGUAGUCGUGCGCUGCCCGAACACUAUCUGAUCACGGAAUGGGCAGAUGGAGGGAAUCUCGAAGAUCUGUGGAAAUCAAUGCCGAAGCCUCAGCUGACAGAACGUACCGUGCAGUCCGUGAUCAGGCAACUACUAGGGCUGGCUGAGGCUUUCAAUGCUGCUCAUAACUUGAAGUCCGGAGGCGUCACAACCGGCGCUUCUUACCGUCACGGCGACUUAAAACCAGCGAACAUCCUCUGGUUCAAACCAAAGCCUCGCGACAACCACAAUUACGUCAUAGGUACUUUGAAGAUCUGCGAUUGGGGUGAAGCAAAGAACAAGACCUUUGCCACAGUCAUGCGCCAUAGCAAGACUACGGCAGGCGUCAGCACGCGGCGCUAUCAGCCGCCUGAAGUCGACACUGGUAUUCAUUUAUCUAUUUCAGGAGAAUCAAAACGGCGAUCUCGACUUUAUGAUAUGUGGGCCAUGGGAUGCAUCAUCCUUCAGACCAUUGUGUGGCUGCUCUACGGCUACGAAGGGCUUGAGAAGUUCAACGCUAGUGUGAGAAACGAGCUUAACGAUGAUUCGCCAUUCUAUCAGACCGGAGAUGUCGAGGGUAGGAGGAUGGCAUGGGUUCACAAUGUGGUAGAGCACUGGAUGGGACACAUGGCCAAAGAUGCUGCUUGUCGGGCAGGUACAACAGCCCUUGGAGAUCUCCUUGAGAUUGUGCAGAGAGGUCUCCUGAAGGUAAAGCUACCAGUUUCAGGUGGCACUUUUGUGGAACAAGCCCAGCCGCAACCGGGGGCCAUUACGCAGCCACAACUCGAGAACUUGAUGCGACCGUCACGGAUACGGAUAACGGGCCCAGAGAAGCCAGGACAACCUCAUCAUGAUACAGAGGGAUCUAACCUGGCAAGAUUGAAUACCCCGUUGCAUGAUGCGGUCGUUGAUCACUCUCCUGAAAUUCCAGUUGUGAACGUCAUCUCACCAGAUGAGGACGAAACAGAUGUACAGCCCAAAUUCCUCCUUCCAGGGCCCGCAAGAUAUCGCGCAGAUGAGCUACGAGAUGGGCUGCUGUCGAUAGCAUCGGACGAGGAAGAAUACUGGUGCACCAAGUCGAACACAGAUGUACCAGCGAUUACCGGUAGUCUGUAUGCACGAGGUCCCACACAUAGUGUUCUGAGGAGGCUUCAAGAUCAAGAACAGGAAGUCGAUUACGGUAAGACAAGCAUUGAAACCGAACGAUGGAGCUUCAAGAGCGAUAACGACUUUGCGUCAAGGGUGCUCUCUGAAGUGCAGAGCAAUGUUGACUUUCCUGUUCCUGCAAUCAGUGCUGACGCUGACUUCAAAGAAGAGGCUAAGUACAUGGAAGAAGUCUACAGCGGUGCACGAUGUGUCAUAGCAGCAAGUCGCGCCAAUGGCCACAAGGACGGAUUUCUCAAGCCCAGAAAGGAACGUGGUUAUGUUGGACUCCAGCGAGAACAGGAGAGCAACGCACCAUUCUACAUCUGCGAGAUGAUUGAUAAUUUUGAAGAGCAUAUCCUCGGUGGUUCGCUCAACCAGCGCGGUUGGGUUCUGCAGGAACAUGCGCUCGCUCGCCGGACUAUUUUCUUUGACGAACAUCAAACCUAUUGGGAAUGCGGGCAUGGUGUCCGAUGCGAGACAAUGACCAAGUUGGAUAACGAGGCAGCUAAGCUACUCGGAGAUCCAAAUUUCCCAAAGCUCCUCGACUCUGCCAAACAAGCCGAGAGGAUCAUCCGUUUCGAAGAACUGUAUCAGCAGUACUCGCGGCUCGGUCUAUCCAAACAAUAUGACAGGCCAACAGCAUUGGCUGGACUGGAACAACGACUGCACCGCACCAUGAGGGUUAAAGGGCGUUUUGGCAUGUUUGAUGAUUCAAAAGCCCCGGGUUUGCUGCGCAGGAGCUUGCUUUGGCAUCGAGGUAAAGAUACCAAGGGAUUGACUCGUAUUAAGUUCCUGCCCACACAGACUCCUGCUCCGUCGUGGUCCUGGAUGGCCUGGACAGGAACCAAGAUCGACGACUACAAAUAUACCCCUGGUGGUAUCAACUACUUCCAGGUUCCCUUCAAGGAGUUCGACUGGGAGGAUGUCCAAACGCCGUGGAUGCGACGGGACCUUGAUGAGGAGAACGCACUGUCUGUCGACGCAAGGGCUUUCGAUUGCACGUCAGCGCGAAAAGAGCAGUACACUUUCAUCGGCGAUUCUCAGAAGGGAUCGGCGCCAAAAUGGGGUAUGUGCGUGGUCUUGGGCAUCCAGAUAGGUUCUCUAAUGGCCAUUGAUAAACAGCAUUACGUGCUGCUGAUUGCGAGGACUGGGAAGAUGGAUUCCAAUGGCUUGCAGAGAUGGGAGCGCAUUGGUGCGGGUUGGUUGCUUGGAGAGUUUCUCAAGAACGACGUCAUCGGAGUCAAGGUUUAUUAG